UGGCAGAAUUAUUCGUGCUGUUUACACUUAACUACUAUUACAUAGUUUGUUCCUUUUCACCAAAAAACGCGUCUAGUACAAUGCCAAGAGCACCUAAAUCAAGCAAAAAGAAAGACCCUAAUGCCCCGAAGAGAAACAUGUCUGCGUUUAUGUUCUUUUCGAUCGCGAACAGAGAGAAAGUAAAAACCGAAAACCCUGAUGCUUCCUUUGGAGCCAUUGGUUCUCUUUUAGGAAAGAAGUGGAAAGAAUUAACAGGAGAUAAACGUGCGCCCUAUGAAGAGAGAGCACGCGAAGACAAAGAUCGCUAUGAACGGGAACGCAGUGACUAUGACAAUAAAAUCAUCAACGACGCCAAGAAGAAUGCCGAAAAGGAAGAGAGCGAAGAGAAGAACGAUUGAUAACCUCAUUCAAUUUCUACUUGUUAUUGGAUAACUUCUGGCUUUUUUUUCCCUUCAUAAACUAUUCUAUUUCUUUUUUUUCGAUUCACCAUAGAUUUUUUCCUUAAUUUCCUAUUGGCCUCCAUCGCACAAUACGCUUCAGAUCUUAGUUUAUUUAUAUUGACCCUUCUCUAAUUCUCUGUUGAGUAUGCCCGACUGAAAUUCGAACAGUGUAUCUCCUCUUGAAUGAACGCCCGAUCCACCGUAAUUUAUUAUUCAAAUUAUUUCCAUUGGUUAAUAUUUCGUUUUCUUCUCCAGCUGAGUUUGGACGCUUCUCUUUUUUAUUCGUUAAUUUGUAACGCAUUGCUUUAAUUAUUUUAUGGAAUAUUGCUGCUUGGAUGUUCAGUACAGAUUCAAUUUUAUGCUUCUAAUGAACUUUUCUCUCUCCGCCACCUUAUUAUGAAUAAUCAAUGAAAUGAUUACCUUUAUUACUUAUGCUUUAUGCAGUCACCGGUUAUUAAUGAAACCCACGACUACAAUUUCUAACUAGUUUAUCUGGCUUGAGAUCAUUUGUUCAAAUAAAACAUUAUAUCAACUUCGCUUACUAUAUGUAGCAUCGUUAAGCUCAGCUAUUUCAUGCUAUCACGUCCUCUCAAAGGGUCAAUUAUAGUAAAGUAUGAUUGAUUUGGUUUUUUAAGUAGUAGGUACCUAUUCCUUUUACAGAACUAAAAACAAAGCUUCAUAUGUUAAAAAUUACGAAAAUUCCCAAAAAUCAUUUACUGUUUCAUUCGUCCAAAACUUGAUAAAUAAUUUUAUCGCUCAAAAACGCCAUGCACAGAAUUAUUUCAAGCAAAUUAAUGACCACCGUUAGUGCUUUCUGUAGGUGAGGGAGAUGAUUCUUUGAUUUCGUCGCUAACAGCCGAUUUCUCAUUUAAAGGUGUCUUAGUAUCAUUCGUAGAAUCUUCACUUGUUUCUACUUCCUCUUUGUCGGUCGUCAGAUCUUUGUACACUUCAGGAUGUCUUUGGAAACAAGCUUGCAUAGCCUGAAACUUUUCGAGACAUUCCAUGCCUUUGGGCUCACUUUUUGAGUAAACAAAACAACUAAAGGCAGACUUGAACUCUUCACCACAGGGACCGUGAGCCAUUCCUCCCAAGCAGGGGCAAUCCCAGUUAAUUUCACCAGUCUCAGGAUCAAAUGCCGACUCUUCCUUGCCUUCUUCUUCGACUUCCUCCAAUUGUUUUCCAAUGGUCUCUUCGUCAUUCAAACUUUUUUCGUCAGGAACCUCACCACUGGAAUUGAAAUUGUUUUCAACGUUAUUUUCUUUUUGGUCAUCUUUCAUUUGUUCUUCUGACAGUUUGGGUUUUAAUGCUUUUUCGGCCAACUCGUUCUCCUUUUCCUCUAACCUUGCUUCGAUUUUAUCUUCCGUACGAUGUUGUUGCAUAUAGGGUUCAUUGAAAGCUUUGAAAACGUUAGUAACAUAUGGGCAUUUUUCUAACCUUCUUCUUACCUUGAGUUUCUGUUCGAACAUGCUCUCCAAUAUAAGGCUCAUUGUCUGAAUCGGAUUUGGAAUCGUUAAGUACUUUCUUUCCAAGGUAAAAUCCAAAGAAAAGUGAUAAACCAGCUGCACCCGAUAAUAUAGAGGCCAGUUGACUCCAUGAUGGAACAGCUUUGGCCCCAAAAACGGAGCCAGUCUGAUUAAAUCGCUUGGGAAAGCUGUUGCUUAGAGUUAUUGUUUUUUUCUUUAAUGUAAGAUUUCUUUGAACAGAAGUUCUUAAAAGGGACGAAGCUUUUCCACGAAACAUGGUUCUACUGUAAUUUGCUAUGGGAAAGAUCGGAUUACUAACGUCAACGAUAUAUUUCUCAAGAACUUAUUUCAUCUUCGGCUUUUUGAUUCAAUGUAUAAAAGGAACUUUUAUUAAAAGUAUAGCCAAUUAAUUACAAAUAUAAAAUAUGGUUUAGCUUAAUGGGAAUACUCUCUCCUUCAUGCAAAUCCAAAUUAUCUCGUAUAUACGAAAAUGAAACGAAGUAUUAAGUUCAAUAUUAUUUCUAUGAAGUAUUAAUAACUAAUAUUAUGAUAUGGUGAAAGUAUAGAUUAUUUUUUCUUAAGUUGAGGACCAAAAAGAUAUGUACAUUUUAAAUUCUAAAAUUUCGACUUCAACAACCUAGCACGAACAGCAAGGUAGCAAGCAUUUAUUCUUCCUUACCGAUGAUAUCGACCCAACGCUUUCCAUUCAAUUCUGCAAGAAUCUCUUGCUUGAUCUUAUGGGCGACAACGGGUCCAUCAUAGCCAAGUGCCGUGUACACUUGAACCAUAGAAGCACCAGCACGAGCAUAUUCAAUGGCAUCUUUACCACUAGAUAUUCCACCACAUCCGAUUAUGGGGAUGUCGGAAGAUAAAUGUUUACGCAAAGUACGGAGGGUAUUCAAAGUAAUCGGCUUUAAAGGAGGACCAGACAAACCAC